CCGAGGGCCCCGGGACCCGGGAAGGAGCAGCAUCAAGAUUAUCAUAAUGGUCGUGGUAUCUGCUCAGCCCUUACUCUGUGCAAAGCGCUGUUCUAAGCUCUGGGGAGGUGACAAGGUGAUGAGGUGGGCCCACGGGGGGCUCACAGGCUUCAGCCCCAUUUUACAGGAAUAAGAUGAACCAGGGGAUGAUGCAGAAGUUGGAAAACCUGGUGCAGUUUCCUAGUUCUCGCAGAUGGUUGUUCAGCCUGUGUCGGAAGAGAGGAUUUGGGGAACACUGGAGGCCUGUGAAACCAUCGAUUCGCCCUGCUCGGCAAUCCCCACGACGCUGGCAGACGGACACGUUCAUCAGGGUGGCUUUAUCCCAGUACAGGCUCUUAGCGACAAAAGAGGGAGAAAGAGGCCGGAGGUUGAAAUUGCCAUCGAUCCAACCCAAACAGGAGAAGCAAGAAGUAGAGGUAUGGAUUGGAAUGACGGUUAGAGAGCUUGCCAGAGCCAUGGAUAAAAGUAUAGAUCACGUGUAUGAAUCCCUGUGGAAUACCUCUGUGGAAGAUUUCCUAAGACCCAGUUUUCCUUUGGACGACAUAUGGAUCAAGGAAGUUAUGAAAAAAUCGGGAAUGAAACAUAAAUGGACAAAACUGAAAAAGGUCAAAGUCAGAGAAAACAAAGAUGCUGUGAGGAGGCCCAAGGCAGAUCCAGCUCUAUUAGCCCCGAGAUCCCCAGUUGUGACUAUAAUGGGCCACGUUGAUCAUGGGAAAACCACUCUGCUUGACAAACUUCGAAAAACUCAAGUGGCGGCAAUGGAAGCCGGAGGCAUCACUCAGCACAUCGGUGCCUUUCUUGUUUAUUUACCUUCUGGGGAAAAGAUAACCUUCCUGGAUACUCCCGGGCACGCCGCCUUUUCGGCAAUCCGGGCAAGAGGUGCGCGUGUCACUGACAUUAUCAUAUUGGUGGUAGCAGCAGAAGAUGGAGUCAUGAAGCAAACUGUUGAGUCUAUUCAACAUGCCAAAAGUGCCCAAGUUCCAAUCAUCCUGGCCGUAAAUAAAUGUGACAAACCCGGAGCCGACCCUGAAAAGGUCAAGAAAGAGUUGCUGGCAUAUGAUGUGGUUUGUGAGGAGUUUGGGGGUGAUGUUCAAGCCAUUCAUAUUUCUGCACUUAAGGGUGACAAUCUGAUAGCUUUGGCUGAGGCGACAGUUGCUCUAGCGGAGAUGUUGGAAUUGAAAGCUGAUCCCACUGGGCCAGUGGAAGGAACAGUAAUCGAAUCGCGGACGGAUAAAGGAAAAGGUCCAGUCACUACAGCCAUAAUUCAAAGAGGGACUUUAAGAAAAGGUUCAAUUCUGGUUGCUGGAACGAGCUGGGCAAAAGUGCGCCUAAUGUUUGAUGAAAAUGGAAAAACAAUGACUGAUGCUUGCCCGAGCACACCGGUACAAAUUACAGGUUGGAGAGACCUUCCUUCGGCAGGAGAAGAAAUUCUUGAAGUAGAAUCUGAGCAAAGGGCCCGUGAAGUUAUUGACUGGAGAAAGUACGUUGAAGACCAGGAAAAAAUGAAAGAGGAUAUGGAAACGAUUGAGGCCAAACGAAGAGAACACCAAGAGUCCCAUAGAAGAGAACGUGACAAGUUUGGCGUUAAGAAUUGGAAAGAGAGACAUUUUAUGAAGUACCAAGAGAGGAAAGGAGUAAAACUAGUUCGACCCAAAGAGAGAAUAGAAAGCAACUCAAACAAACUCACUGUGGUUAUUAAAGGUGAUGUGGAUGGAUCAGUUGAAGCCCUCUUAAAUAUUAUCGAUUCCUAUGAUGCUGCAGAUGAAUGUGAACUGGAGCUAGUUCAUUUUGGAGUAGGCGAUAUUAGUGAAAAUGAUAUUAACCUUGCUGAAACAUUCCAAGGUGUUGUAUACGGCUUCAGUGUGAAUGCAGGUAAAGACGUUCAGCAGUUAGCUGUGAAAAAGGGCAUAAAAAUUAAACUUCACAACAUCAUCUACCGACUUAUCGAAGACUUACAAGAAGAACUGAGCAGCCGGUUGGCUCCCUCUGUGGAAGAAAACGUAGUCGGGGAGGCAUCUGUGCUGGCUACUUUCUUUGUGACAGUCGGAAAAAAGCAAGUUCCCGUGGCAGGUUGCAGGGUCCAGAAGGGGCAAUUGGAGAAAAAGCUGAAGUUUAAGCUGGUGCGAGGAGGAAAUGUGAUUUGGAGAGGGCACUUAUCUUCACUAAAGCACCAUAAGGAUGAUGUUCCUGUCAUAAAAACCGGCAACGACUGCGGUCUCAGUUUGGAUGAAGACAUGGAGUUUAACAUCGGAGACGAAAUCAUUUGCUACGAAGAGAAAGAGGUGCCACAGAAGACCUCUUGGAAUCCAGGAUUUUAAGUCUUUUAGACAUAAUGCUUUGUAAGAGGACCCUUGGCCAUUUCAAUUCAGUGUGCUCUUUUUAUGGAUUCAGGGAUGUUGCUCGGGUGAAAGGUCAUGAAAGGUCGUCUCUAGCCUGAGAUACCAGAGGCAUUCAGAGAAAACCGACCAGGGAGUUUAUGCUUGAUACUAGUCGUAUCUUAAAUGUCUUCAAAGAACUUAAAUUACACUGGAAAAAAACCUGCAUGGGGUGGCUUUGGCAUUUUUUAAAAAGUAUUAAUGGAAGGAAAUGGGCCAUUAGUCUAGAAAGUGGAAAAAUUUGAAGCUGCUUGUGUAAAACAAAAAUAUCAAAUAAUGUAUUUAAGCACUAUGUGCCGGGCACUGUACUAAGCGCUGGGGUAGAUACAAGGUAAUCAGGUUGUCCCUCCUGGGGCUCACAGUCUUACUCCCCCUGUGACAGAUGAAAAUUGUCAAAGCCAAGCGUCUAAUGAUGGAAUUAAGUGGAUAUAAAACUGUCAGAUGGAAAAAAA